UUGCGAUAUGGUGCGAGUGCUUAUCAAUACUUCUUUACUUUAGCCGAUUUUUCUUCUGUUGUACUGCAAUUUGUCGCAGUUUUUCCCUACACCGUUACGCAGUCCACCAACAAUGACGUUCUAGUCUAUCCUGCUGAAAUCGCGAUCACUCAUUAUACCCUUGGAAGUGGUGUGAGCUCGUCUUUCUCGAAGCUUAUCAACUUCCAUCCCAAGUUGUUCUAUGGAACUGGUGUACCUGCAUGGGAUCAGGACAAUGUAGAGAAGCGAGCUACCUCUCUGGAUGUUUCGUUGAAAGAACCACAAGGAGUUAGUCCCAACGAAAUGUGGAGACAGUUCAUGGAACGACGCCGUCAUUAUUCUAUCACAGUUUGCGAUGAAAAUGAUAUAUGGCUUGUGGACAGCGCGUUGUAUUUCUUGGCUAGCACGGCAGGAGAGGAUCAACUUCCUGUACAUAAGAGAUGCAAUACUUCGAUUGGUGCUGGUUUAGAGCUUAUGGCUGGAAUCGUCACUGCUCUGGCAUCGCAUCACACUCGAGUGUCUAAAGAGCCAGUACAAGAAGCUCUUUCCGUUGAAAAAAUCAAGCAAGAGUUUGAGGUUGUUGCAAUGUCUAUUCCUUUAGUCAGAUUCCUUCUACUCCACAUGGUCAAUGCCUUAUAG